ACAUCCUUAGCGAAAACAGCUGGUAGUGGCAAUACCGUUACUCUGUCUACAUGGCAUCAAAAUAAUUCUACAGUUCAACCAGAUGUUAGACUUUAACAAAUCAAGGAGACUUAAAUCCGAGGGUAAAUAAUUGCAGGUCUCUUUUGGACCUGGUAGCUCUCCAUCGAUGUUGUUGCGAGCUGUCGAUUCCACCUCCAAGUUAAACCCUCCAUCCCAUCUGCAAGCCCACUGACCAGCAGACCUGCCCACACACGUGUGGUACUGGGUCUCAGUUAGUAGCAGAAAUCAAGCGCCCCCCCCCCCCCCCACACACACACACACACACACAAAUAUUCACCCCGGGGCAGUUAGCCAGCACUCCUCCGCCCACUGCCCGCCAUGGAGGACGGCGGCUACGUCCUCAUCCACGACAGGAACAUUUCCCACCCGCCCCUGUCCGCCGCCCCGGCUGCCAUGUCCAUCGACAAGCUGUUCCCGGCGCUGCUGGAGUGCUUCGGCAUCAUCCUGUGCGGCUACGUGGCCGGCCGCGCCGACAUCAUCACCCCCAGCCAGGCCAAGGGGAUGGGCAACUUUGUGUCCAAGUUUGCUCUGCCGGCUCUGCUCUUCAAGAACAUGGUCCUGCUGGACUUUGGAGACGUCAUCUGGUCCUUCCUGUGGAGCGUCCUGGUGGCCAAGGUGUCUGUGUUCGUCCUGGUGUGUGUACUGACCCUCCUGGUGGCUAGUCCGGAGAGCCGCUACAGCAAGGCCGGCCUCUACUCUAUCUUCGCCACGCAGAGCAACGACUUUGCCCUGGGAUACCCUAUAGUGGAUGCCCUCUACAGGAACACCCACCCAGAGUAUCUUCAGUACAUCUACCUGGUGGCUCCGGUCUCCCUCAUGAUCCUGAACCCAAUAGGGUUCUCCCUGUGUGAGGUCCAGAGGUGGAGGGACGACAGGCAGCCCCAGCGCAGCACGCUAAGCAUCGUGGGAGUUGUAUUUCUCAAGGUGCUGAGGAACCCCAUCGUGUUCAUGGUGGUUGUGGGCAUCAUAUCCCACUUCCUGCUGGGCCAGCGCAUCCCAGCGGUGAUGGAAGAGUUUGUGGACGGCCUGGCCAACUCGUUCGGCGGCGCCGCCCUCUUCUACCUGGGUCUGUCCAUGGUGGGCCAGCUACGGAAGCUCACCAGGGACACUGGCGUGGCCCUCAUCCUGCUCAUCACUGCCAAGCUGUUGGUGAUGCCUCUGAUCUGUAAGGACAUGGUGGAGCUGCUGGACUCUGGAGGUAACGGCAGCUCUGGGAACCACAGCAGCCUGUCCAACUACGCCUUCCUGUACGGCGUGUUCCCCACCGCUCCCAGCGUGGCCAUCUACGCUUCCCAGUACAACAUGGAGCUGGAGGUGGUGACAUCAGGUAUGGUGAUCAGCACCUUCCUGUCUGCCCCCAUCAUGUACGUGUCCGCCUGGCUUCUGACCAUCCCCCUGAUGGACCCCACGCCCCUGGUCACCGAGCUGCAGAAUGUCAGCUUCAACAUCAGCAUCGUCAGCCUCAUCGCGCUGGUGUGGACCAUAGCUGUGAUGCUCCUCAGUAAGAAGUUCAAGAGACUCCCUCACAUGUUCACCAUGAACCUCUUUCUGGCUCAGUUCCUGGUGUGUGUGAGUAUGAUCCUGUGGAACUUUGUGGUGCAUCAAGACAACGUGCUGGGCCAAGUGCUGACCUUCACCCUGCUCUACGGCUCCCUGUACAGCACCUACAUCUGGACAGGCCUCAUCCCUCUGUGUCUGGCUCUGACGAAGAGGAAUGACCUGCUGAGGUUACGACCUGGAGUCUUCAUCAUCACAGGCUGGGGGGUUCCGUUGCUUAUUGUCGGCGGUCUGCUGUUGGCGGGGGAGCGGAGGGCGGACACCAUAGACUCCGCCUUCUUCUAUGGCAGGGCCCAGAUCAUAAGUACAGCUGUUGUAGUAGCCGUUAGCAUCCUGCUGGGAGGUUUCUCCCUGAUGGGCCUGAGCCAGGGGGCCCAGGGGGAACCGCAGGACUACCAAGCCCUGGACAGGGCCUCCGUCCUGGGAACCACCGAGGACUUGAGGCCCCAGGCUGAAGCUGAAGACGAGGCCCCGCUGGGCCUCUCCCCGGACAGCGACAUCAUCCGAGAUUUCCACCCCUGUGCGCCGGCCCAGCCCAUGCCUGAUAUGAUCGCCAGCAUACACAGAAACAACACCAGCUCAACCCAGACAGACCAGGCGGGGGCGCUGUGUGAAGGCCCGCAGGGCGCUGCUGCCCCGGCCCAGGUCCAGGAUGAGAGACAGCUGGUCCGACACGCCCUCCUCUGCCUGCUCCUCACCGUCAGUCUGCUAGCGAACCUGUCCAGUUGUCUGUGGUGGCUGUUCAACAAAGACCCAGGGAGAUUGUACCUGGAGCUUCAGUUCUUCUGUGCUGUGGCCAACUAUGGACAGGGCUUCAUCUCGUUCGGGGUGUUUGGUCUGGACAGACACCUCAUCAUGCUGCCCUUCAAGAACAGACUUCAGGGUCUGUGGCAGAGUAAGGACCGUGAGGAGCAGACGCAGCCGGUGGCCCCUGAGGAGAUUAGGUUGACCUGCACCCAGUUUGUCCGCUACCACAAAGACCAGUGUGUCCAGGACCUGGUCCACAACAGGAGGUGUGGACGGGACGGUCCGGCCCCAGACCCCCAGAGUCCGGCCCCAGACCCCCAGAGCCAAGCCCGGGAGCGAGCCUCGUUCCCGGGCAGCGAGCUGGUGGACUGGCUGGUGCGGGGGGCCGCGGCGGAGGGCCGGCCGGAGGCCCGGGCGUACGGGGCUCGUCUCCUGCAGGGCGGGCUCCUCCGGCAGCUGGGCCACCGGCGCGGCUUCAGGGACGACCCCGCCCUGCUCUACUGCUUCGCCCAGGGGGAAGGCCCCCUCCCUGGGGAGCCACGCCAGGAGACUCUCCCGGAUCUCCGGGAGCUUUCGAUGGACGGUGAGGAAGAAAGGAGCCCGUGAAAGGGGAUUGGAGGAGGUAGAGAGAGGGGCCGACAGAGGGAGGGAUGAGAGAGAGAUGUAGGUCCAGCGAGAUGGAGAGAAGGACAAAGCAUUUGGGAAACAAGACUAGAGGAGAGCAAGGUGGAUCUUCCCCCAGCAGUCGUCCUCCACCCUCUGCUCCACCCCCCGACCUCCACACGCCCCGAGAAGGCGGCGUUUCCCUGGAGACACGAUGCGACUUUAGAAUCUGUCUGUUGGACGCGACUGCAUAACCAGAAGUACAAUUGCACUGAGUACCUUUUCGUACUGUAAAGAUGUUGUGAUGAAACACUGGUCUGAAUCCUGUAUGUUACAGUAUACUUUUGAAUGUGGUGUGUUUACUAUUUUUAGGCUGAGGGGUGUGUGUGUUCAUCUAUAAUGUGUCUAUUAGUGUGUGUGUGUGUGUGUGU